AUGGCAAGCGGGGGACAAACUCCCCUGGCUUCUCUUCCCCAUCCUCCUCCGCAAUCUUGGACUCAUGUUGCCUUCUCUCAUUCUCGUGUCCCUGAACCUUCCCCCCUUCAUAACCCUCAAUUGUUAGAGAAACUCAAGAACUCUUCUUCUACGUUUGUCAAACUGGAUAGAGAAUCCCUCUCUAGAGUUCAAAUGAAAUUCCAGAAUGCUUUAUUCGGCAAAUUCUUUGGUAAGCCCCCUCCGUUUGACCAAGUGAAGAAGGCUUUGAUUGACAAAUGGUCGCCAGUUGGUGACCUACAAAUCUCUGAUUUACCUAAUGGUUUCAUGUUGAUUCGAUGUGCCUCUCACGAUGCCAUGAAAUAUCUGCUCACUGAGGGACCUUGUGCUGCGAUGUGGGUGCAGCUUCACAAUUUACCUAUUGAAAUGUGGGAUGGUGAAACGCUUGAAACCGUUACUGCUCAUCUGGGCAACCUCUUGAAAGUUGAUAGUCUUACUGCUUCCCUAUCUAGAUCCAGGUUUGCUCGCGUUUGUAUUAAAAUCGAUCUUUCCAAACCGCUCUGUCAUAGCUUCUGGGUUGGUGAUGACUCUCAUCGAGUCUUUGUGGUUGUUCUUUAUGAGAGAUUGCCUACCUUUUGCUAUACUUGUGGUGUUAUCGGACAUGGAUCCAGGUCCUACUCUCAUGUUUCAGCUGCCGGGGAUGGUCGUUCGUCUCCACCCCCUCGAGAUUCUCGAAGGUAG